AGAGGAGGCGAUCAUGUGGACACUGGAAGAUCAACCCAAAAGUUCGACCAUAGCAAGGAGCAGGAACCUCAUUGGAGACACCCUCGAUGGACAUGAAGUAAGCGCUAGACCCCCGACUAACACUGAAACUGACUUGGCUGUGACGCUCCAAGAAGUUGUGAAAAUAAUAGCGCAACAAGGGAAGGCCAUAGGGGAGUUAACUAAUGCUGUACAUGAGCUCACCACCCAAAACGCCCCGUUUGGUGCAGCCCGCUCUACCAACAAAUCCAAAGUGAUCCCCAGAUACACUGAUGAUGGUCAGCCUAUCUGCCUAAAGUGUGAAGGGGUAGGACAUAUGGCUAGACAAUGCACUGCAUUGAGAAACCGAACCCGGCCUAGUACAUCACCUGCCGCUGCGGUACAGGGAAACGAGAACCCUCGGUUGCUAGGAGUCGGGCAAUGCGAGGCAAGCCUGAAGGCUCACCCAAAGUCUUAACCAAAGACCGCUUCUUGCAAAAUGCUGUUGGGAAGUGCCCUGUUGUUGACAUCCAAAUAGGUGGCGUUCCCCUGAAUUGUCUUGUGGACUCAGGAAGUAACGUAAGCACUUUAACUGAAAGCUUUUUCCGAGACCACCUCCAUGGUGGGGAUGAUGACAUGCACUAUACAUCUAAAUGGCUUAAAAUCACAGCUGCAAACAAAUUACCCUUGCCCUAUUUAGGUUAUGUUGAGCUGGACAUCCAAGUCAUGGGUGUCACCAUUCCAGAGUGUGGGUUUUUGAUCAUCAGAGAUGACAGUCAGCCAGAUAAAAACGAGCUUGAUGCAUCCCCAUCAGGGAUAAUUGGAAUGAACAUUGCUAAAAGAUGUAAGGAGUUGAUUCUCACUGAGUUCGAUGCAGCUCUUGGAGGAGAGCUAGAUUCAGAUUGGAGGGAAACCUUUCAACGUAUGCAAGAGGCAGAAUGUGUGAAAAAAACUAGCAUUGCACGAGUAGCACAAAAAGGCAAACACCACCUGCCUGCUCAGUCAGUCUCUACAGUGUAUUUGAGAGCCCCGAAGACGGAUUUUAAUGGCACUUCUAGUCUUAUGUUAGAGCCAGGCAACACUUCACUACCUGGUGGGGUUAUUGUUUUGCCCACGGUGAUAGGGGCCCACAGAUCGAUUUUUCCUGUCCAGGUAAUCAACUUUUCAAAAGAUGAUGUGUGGCUUCCUGCGAAAGCCAGGUUAGGCUUUCUGACUAAAUGUCAGUGUGUUGAAGGUGAGCCCUACGAAGUUACAUUUCAACGCAUAUCUGCAUCACAUGAGGAAGUCACAGUCAGUGAGAGGGCUAAUGUAAAUCCUGACAAAGACACAGAAGCUCUUUUUGACAGAUUACAUCUAGGUGGCACACCUGUACAGCAAAGUGAGCUACGGGAACUUUUAGUAAAGUAUGCUGAUGUUUUUGCAGUGCACGAUGAAGAUUUAGGCUACACUACACAAGUCAAACAUGAAAUCCCUGUGUUGGAUGAGACUCCAGUGUCCCAGCCAUACAGACGGAUCCCACCGAAUCAAUACAAAGAAGUGAAAGAACACAUUUCAGAACUGUUAAAGAAAGGUGUUAUCCAAGAAAGUUCAAGCUCAUACGCUUCCCCAAUUGUUUUGGUGCGGAAGUCGGAUGGCAGUCUUAGGCUAUGUGUGGACUACAGAGCACUAAACUCGAAGACCAGGCGUGAUGCAUUUCCGCUGCCACGCAUUGAUGAAAGUCUAGAUGCAUUAAGUGGUGCUGAGUUUUUCUCGAGUAUUGAUCUUGCUAGUGGCUACCAUCAAGUUGCAGUCCAUGAAAAAGAUAGGCACAAAACAGCCUUCACUACUCCAUUUGGCUUAUUUGAAUACCUUCGUAUGCCUUUUGGAUUAUGCAACGCACCUGCCACUUUCCAACGUUUAAUGCAGGCAACCAUGAAUGACCUUAUAUUUCAGAUCGUACUAGUGUAUCUCGACGAUCUGCUGGUGUUUUCUCAGACUUUUAAAGAACAUGUCGAGAGGCUUGAAAUAGUUUUGAAGAGGUUAAAAGACACAGGUCUAAAAGUGAAAGUUGAGAAAUGUCACUUUCUCCAGUCUGAGGUCAAGUUUUUGGGUCAUCAGGUUUCAGCUGAAGGUGUCGGUACUGACCCAGAUAAGAUAUGUGCCGUGAAGGCCUGGCCGGUUCCAACCUCUGUAAAAGAGCUUAGGUCCUUCUUAGGUUUUUGCAGCUAUUACAGGAGGUUCAUUGAGGGAUUUUCACAGGUUGCAGGACCUCUUCAUGACCUUGUAAAUGUCUGCACAAGACCAAGUAGCUCAGCCAAGGCCAAUCAGUUGUUCCAGUCAGCCUGGUCACCAGCAUGUUCAGAUGCUUUUGAACUACUUAAAGACAGGUUGACCAAGGCACCCUUGCUAGGAUAUGCAGAUUUCAAACUUCCCUUUGUUCUAGAGACUGACGCUAGCAACCUUGGGUUAGGCGCAGUACUGUAUCAGGUUCAAGGAGGGAAGAAAAGGGUCAUAGCCUAUGCGAGUCGGAGACUUCGAGGGGCUGAAAAGAAUGAUCGAAACUACAGUAGUAUGAAGUUGGAGCUGCUUGCAUUAAAGUGGGCAGUAACUGAAAAGUUUAGGAGUUAUCUGCUUGGGUCUAAAUUUACAAUCCUGACUGACAACAACCCACUUUGCCAUCUUUCCACUGCUAAGUUGGGAGCUGCCCAACAGCGCUGGGUUGCUCAAUUAGCUGUGUUUGACUUUGAAGUUAGGUACCGGCCAGGUCGUUGCAACUCAGCGGCCGAUGCCCUCUCCAGAAGACCUGGGUUAAUGGAGUCAGAUGCUUCUGUUGAGGACACUGAUUUCGAUGGGUGUAUCACCAUCUGCAACAGCCUUAAAACAGGUACCGUCAUAGGCUCCGAGAUAGCAGCUGCAAGCAAGGAAUUCUAUCACGUGAGGCAGUUGCAUGUUGCCGACCCCGAUCAGGGGGAUGAUUCUACAUUACUCGUUAACACCCCCACACUUCCCAGCUACACAAAAACCGAACUCCAGAUAUUCCAGUCAUCUGACCCCACACUCAAAGUUUUAAAACAACUCUGGAAAAGGGGGCAAAAACCUUCGCUCCAAGAGAGACGAGUCCUAAGUGCACCAGUACGUUCGCUGUUGAAACAGUGGUCCAGGCUAGUAGAGAAAGAUGAACUUCUCUAUCGUGAAGUUAAAGAUGUGAACUUUGGAACCUGUCAUCAGUUGUUGUUGCCUGCUUGCCUCAAAGAAAAGGUCCUCACCAGUGUGCACAAUCAGAUGGGCCACCAAGGAAUAGAACGGACACUUGCACUAUUGAAACAAAGAUGUUUUUGGGGAGGUAUGCAUGAAGAUGUUGAGCAGUGGGUGAAAAAUUGUCAGAGGUGCAUACUAACUAAACUGCCACAACCCAAGGUUCAUGCGGCCCAAAUCCCAUUUCUAGCCACCCGACCCCUUGAAGUGGUAGCUGUGGACUACACAACUCUUGAACGUGCAAGUGAUGGACGUGAAAAUGUCCUGGUGAUUACAGAUGUUUUCACUAAGUUCAGUCAAGCAUUUCCCACACGAAAUCAGAAGGCUGACACAACGGCUAAAGUUAUACUGAAAGAGUGGUUCAUGAAGUAUGGAGUGCCGGAGCGCCUGCACUCGGAUCAAGGCAGGAAUUUUGAAAGUGCUGUGAUCGCAGAACUCUGUCGGUUAUAUGGGGUGAAAAAGACCCGCACCACACCCCAUCACCCGCAGGGAAAUCCCCAGUGUGAGAGGUUUAACCGGACCCUCCACGACCUUUUGAGAACACUUCCUCCUGAGAAAAAACGCUGCUGGCCUGAACACUUAGCAGAACUUGUCUAUGCCUACAAUGUCACUCCUCACUCCUCAACUGGUUACUCCCCAUACUACAUGUUGUUUGGAGUUCAACCUCACCUACCUAUUGAUGCGCUCUUAGGGCAAGAGGAAACCGGAGGUGAAAACACUGACUGGCUCACUGUUCACAGAGAAAGACUCCAGGAUGCUCAUAAGAGAGCACAAGCAUUUUCUGAACGGAAAGCAGCAGAAAGGAUGGCCCGACAGAAUUCGAAAGUUAACUGUUCACCCCUGGAGAUUGGACAGUAUGUGUAUCUUCGUCAUCGCCCAGUCGGCAGAAACAAAAUCCAAGAUGCAUGGUCACCAAAGGUGUACAAAGUCACAGAGGUUCAAGGAACAACUCACACAGUAGUCCCAGUCACUGGAGGACAGACAAAGAGGGUGCACAGGUCCAAUCUGCGUCUCUGUGUUGGGCCUGUGCCACACCCAAGACGGAGCCGUGAGGCAACUCCUCCCCCUCAUGAACCAGAGGCAGAGCAAGACUCAGAAGGUGAAUCCAGUGAGUUGGAACCUGAAUUCCUGUUGAUUAAACCUGUUCAUGAACCUGUCGAUCCAAGGUUACAAGACUUGGACAGUCAUCUUGGGAGCACCAACAGUAGUGAGGCUGAAAGUGAAUCACUGCCUGAUCUAGGAGAAGAUGACAGGCCCACUGAAGAACUCUCUCUUAACUCAGAGCCAGUGGUGACAGGACUGAGUUCAACCGACAAACCCCAGACAAGGCCAGCACCAUUGCCGCGGCGGGGGGUAGAGCAGCGAUAUGCAGACCAGCCAUUGCCACCCCCGCGUAGGAGCGUCCGAACGACAGCCGGUAAAAACAGAAACCCAUUUAGAUUGCCUAUGACUGCGUCUAAUAAUGCUGUUUCGCUCACGCCUGAUGUACUGUCUCAGAUAUUUGCCGGAAUGGUCCAUUACACGUCACAACUGCAGGCUGAAGCUGAUAGUUAGGAAGUCAUCGAGACGUUGACUUCAGGCAGGGGAGAAUGUAACCAGGUCAAGUGAGCUCCACUUAAAUAAAAUAUGUAAUGCCUGGAGGGGCCAGUAAGUGGCGCUGUUGUUUUACUUGAGACAAAGCUCACGAGCCAGCAUGUCGUCACGGGCGGGAGGAUAACACAAUAUGGCAGCCUGACGGUCCUAGCUCGUCACAUGCGCGUCGAUAAAGGAAAGUGCUUCAUGAUCGAGGAAAUAAGCAGAAGUGAGCUGCGCUUUUGAGGUGAAAGAACUGCGAGUAAGUGGCGUUCCAGAGAGAUAAGAAGCUUCAUAACGGCGCGUCGUAGGGCACCGAAGUAAGCUGUCACUGUGUAUGGGAAAGGCUCUAGCUAGCCAGGCUAACGGAGUGUUCUGGAGUGUUCUGGAAGGCUACGGAGCUGCAGGACGGCGUGAGUUGUUUUUCUUUUUUUUUUGCCAUACACAUCUGUUCCGGGAUUGUUGAUAUUAAUUUCUGUUUACCCAAUGUAUAAUUUUACAAUGCAUGUUCUGCACAGAGGGGAGACAACAUUUUCCGAGUUGAUCGUUGGUGAGACCGUGCCAGUAGGAGCCGGUCCUUUGUCGUCAUUUUCUGUGAGUUUCAGUUUCUGAAUGUUAUUACAAAAUGUGUAAGCCUAAUACUGGGAACAUGUGAAUGAUCAGUGACUUCUAUUUUAUUUUAUUAUAGAUUGAGACCGCUGCUGUUGUCUUGUUGGGAUUAUUUUCUUUUCUUUUUAAAUUCAUCCAAGAUUUUAUCUUUGCUAUACCACCAAAUUAAACCCAAAUUAAUGCUGUUCCCUUUCUCUGGAAUAGUCGGGAAAUAAAAUACCCACAUUACUUUGGA